AUGCAAAAAUAUUUGUUACGUGGUGAUUUUGAAGGUUUCAUAAAUAUGUGGGCAGUUCCGGACUUUUCACUCGAAGAAAUUAAGAGUUUUCAAACAUCAAAUGCUACAGUCAAAGUUCUUCAGAAUACAAUUACAACGAGUUUGGAACAAGCAUGGAGUCUGAUGGAUCCACCACCAGUGGGUAUUCUUGAUCAACUGAAUCAUCCAAAUGAACCGAUUGUUAAACUGUUGUUGUUACUGCGAGUAUUUAUUUGCCACAACAAAGUCGGUUGGUAUUUAGCUGGUCGUGAAGAUGGAAUAAUUGUCAUUGUUCCUGCAACUCAAACUGUCAUGUUGAAACUUUUACAAGGAAAGCAUCAUCAAUUUACUGAUUGGCCACCUAAUCAAAUACUCGCUGGACAUUCGGGACGUGUUAAUUGUUUGCUUUAUCCGUAUUUGGUACAUACGAGAUAUGAUAGAAGUCAUCUUCUUUCUGGUGGUGUUGAAUUUGCUAUUUGCUUAUGGGAUCUUUAUAGCAGCACUUUGCUCCAUUGUUUUCGUGUUCAAAUAUGUUCUGAUGGAACAGUUUAUGUUUGGCAAAUGGAAAUGGGACAUUUAGAUCGUGUUUUGCAUGGAAUGUUAGCUGAAGAAGUUCUUUCUGCUUGUGAUGAACAUUCCAGAGAAAGUGGAGAAGUUACUGGUUUGACAUCGGACUUUCCAAUCCGGCUGUUCAUUUCUUUCGUGGUUUACGUCAUCGUAACAUUAACGCUAUAA